CAUGUCUGCUGCCAGCUGUCUUUUAUCUGAAGAUCAGUCUCUGUGCUCCAUCUGUCUGAAUGUCUUCACUGAUCCAGUCUCCACACCAUGUGGACACAACUUCUGCAAUAUCUGCAUCAGUCAACACUGGGAUAUCAGUGAGAGGUGUCAGUGUCCUGUGUGUAAAAAGGCAUUUGAAGUCAGACCUGAGCUGCACAUCAACACUUUCAUCUCUGAGAUGGUUUCUCAGUUCAGACAUGAAACUCAGCAGAAAGUCAGCAGCAGCAGCUCAGAGCAACAAGCUGCCAAACCAGGAGAAGUUCCCUGUGACAUCUGCACUGGAACCAAACUGAAGGCCCUGAAGUCCUGUCUGGUGUGUCUGGCCUCCUACUGUCAGACUCACCUGGAGCCUCACCUGACAGCUUCACGGCUGAAAAGACAUCAGCUGAUCGAUCCUGAGGAGAACCUGGAAGGCAGGAUGUGUAUGAAGCAUGAUAAACCUCUGGAGCUGUUCUGUAAGAACGAUCAGACAUGUGUCUGCAUGCUCUGCUGUGUUUUUGACCACAAGACUCAUGCGUUUGUUCCUCUGAGAGAAGAAUAUGAAGGAAAGAAGGCAGAGCUGGGGGAGACUGAGGCUGAAAUUGAACAGAUGAUCCAGAAGAGACGACUGAAGAUUCAGGAGAUCAAAGAGUCAGAGAAGAGGAGUAAAGAUGCUGCAGACAGAGAGAAAGCAGAAGGUGUUCAGGUCUUCACUGCUCUGAAGGAGUCUGUUGACAGACGUCUGAACGAGCUCAUAAAGGAGAUUGAAGAUAAACAGGAAACAACAGAGAAACAGGCUGAAGGUUUCAUCACAGAUCUGGAACAGGAAAUCUCUGAGCUGAUGAAGAGAAGCUCUGAGGUGGAGCAGCUCUCACGCUCUAAAGAUCACCUCCACCUCCUCCAAGGCUUCUCAUCCCUGAAAGCUGCUCCAACCACCAAGGACUGGACAGAGGUCAGUAUCCAUCCACCAUCAUAUGAGGGGACUGUGGUGAGAGCUGUGGGUCGGCUGAAGGAGACUCUCAGUAAAGACAUGAAGAAGCUGUUUGAGGCUGAGCUGAAGAGGGUCCAGCAGUAUGCAGUGGAUAUGACUCUUGAUCCUGAUACAGCACAUCCUUAUCUCAUCCUGUCUGAUGAUGGAAAACAAGUACACUGUGGUGGAGAGGAGAAUGAUCUUCCAGACAACCCAGAGAGAUUUUCUGUGGAGCGUCUUGUUUUAGGAAAGCAGAGUUUCUCUUCAGGCAGAUUGUACUUUGAGGUUCAGGUUAAAGAAAAGCCUGACUGGGUUUUAGGAGUGGUCAGAGAGUCAGUCAACAGGAAGGAAGUCAUCACACUGAGUCCUGCGAAUGGUCUCUGGACAGUAGGAGCAUAUGAAAACAUUUGUGGAGCUCUUGAAGAUCCCACAGUCCCACUCUCUCUUCAGCGUGGUUCUGAGAAGGUGGGGGUGUUUGUGGAUUAUGAGGAGGGUCUGGUCUCCUUUUAUGAUGUAGAUGAUGUAGAUGUGAUCUACUCCUUUACUGGCUGGUCCUUCACUGAGAAACUCUACCCAUUGUUCUGUCCCAACGUUAAUGUUGAUAAUGAUGAUGAGAACAGUUGUGGUAAAAAAAUUAAACCUCUGAUCAUCUGUCCUGUCAAUCAGUCAGUCUGAUAGUUUACCAUGUGGAAACUGGACCAUAUACAGAAUCAUCUCAACCUUUCAGCGGACACAGAAAAGAAGUCAUAAAAAACAUAACUGAGAAAACUGCAGCUGCUGAUCAUGAUCAUGAUAUACAGUUAGAAGCUGCAAAUUAAUCCAGUAAGCCGAGUCGAGUCAGUUGAGUUUUUGUUAAACUGUUUUCAAGUUGAAAAAAUGAUUACAACAUAACAAAAUAGAAACUCUCCUUUUUUUUUGCUUUCAGUGUUCAAAGGCACAGACAUUAAAGCAUAUACUGUACACACGUUUGAGGAAACAUGUUAAUAUUUUAUUAUUUUCAUUCACCUUUUCUUAAAUAUCAAAAUCAGGAUUUCAGAAAAUAUUUUCUA